AGCAGGCUCCUGUCGGCGGCUUUGGUCCUUCAGGUGUGACGGGUUAAACAUAAACACCAGAGCGUCAGAGUAUCAAUGAGACACUAGACAUCAAAAGCAGGAGUGCGGAGGAAUAUUCCCAGCUUUCAGACAUUUCUGGACAACUUUUCCUGGCUGAUAUUAAAUCAGUUUAACGCACCGGGCUGCGUUUCCGAGAUGUUUCGGGAAACAUGACCGGAAAUGUGUUCUAGGACCCAGCUGCGGUUAUAGGACACAUCCGCGGCUUUGUCAAAAUAAAUCCAUUUCCUGACAGCCAGGUAGAAACAGAGUGAGGUUUAUAAACCCCUUUAAAACACUCUCGAGCGGGGGUACUGUAGCGCGUCAUCAUUUCCGGGCUCGUGCCAGCCGGUAGAGUGGAGCGGGACGCGGGCUCGCGCGCUGCGGGAAGCGGAGCUGGCUCUGGGUCGAUGUCGGUGUCCAUACCCGGAAUAACGCUACUCGACGACGACAUGAUUGCGGGAAAAGGCGGCGUGAAGGCGUCGCUGUGGCAGAACGAGAGAGUGCGCUUCUUCGUGUGCUUUCUCGGAGUGUUCGUGUGUUACUUUUACUACGGAAUUCUCCAGGAGACCAUCACACGAGGAGACUACGGCCAGGGGGAGAAAAAGGAGAAGUUUCGCUACGCCACUACACUUGUGUUCAUCCAGUGUAUCAUCAAUGCUCUUUUCGCCCGUCUCUUGAUCCAGUUUUUCGAGGGCUCCAGGCCGGACCACACGCGGAGCUGGCUCUAUGCAGUGUGUGCUCUGUCCUAUCUGGGAGCCAUGGUGUCCAGUAACUCUGCUCUGCAGUACGUCAACUACCCCACUCAGGUUUUGGGGAAAUCAUGUAAACCUAUCCCAGUCAUGAUCCUUGGCGUGACCAUUCUGAGGAAGAAGUAUCCUAUGGCCAAGUAUCUGUGUGUGCUUCUGAUCGUCACUGGUGUGGCGCUUUUCCUCUACAAACCCAACAAAGGCUCCACGUCCGCAGAUGAACAUCUGUUUGGCUUUGGAGAGAUGCUGCUGCUCCUCUCUCUGACUCUGGACGGCCUGACUGGUGUAGCUCAGGAUCACAUGAGGGGGCGGUACCAGACAGGAGCCAAUCACAUGAUGCUGAACGUGAAUCUGUGGUCAAUACUCAUGUUGGGUUUGGCCGUGUUGUGGACAGGUGAGGUGUGGGAGUUUAUGAGCUUUGCUGAUCGUUACCCCAGUAUCAUCUACAAUAUUUUACUCUUUGGUUUCACCAGCGCUCUGGGACAGACCUUCAUCUUUAUGACAGUUGUGUACUUCGGACCCCUCACCUGCUCCAUCGUCACGACAACAAGGAAGUUCUUCACCAUCCUGGGCUCUGUGCUGUUGUUUGGGAACAUCAUCACACCCUUGCAGUGGCUUGGGACCAUCCUUGUUUUCCUGGGUCUCGGCUUGGACGCCAAGUAUGGAAAGACGCCCAAGAAGACAACACACUAAAGCACAAAGAGAAUGCGUGUGUAAGCAUGUGCUGUACUCACGGACCGGAAACUUGAAGAAAAACCCGUUUCUGUUGGUGCAAUACUCUAUCAGUAGCUCUAAAUGUGCUUAUUUUUAUGCUUUCCCACCCAUGUAUCACUGAAACAGUGGUCAUACUUUAACUUGACAAGCAAAGACUGGAUAGAAAUUUUUAGGUUUUUUUUUUUUUUUUUUUUUUUUUUUUUUAGUCAAA